AUGGUGAAUGACGCCGACAUCUCUCAGCCACCAUCGGCUCUAUUGUCAAUGGCCUUUCCAGCACCCUCAACCCACCCACUGGGUCUUCCUUGUACGAGAUGCAAAUCAAAACAUAAGCGUUGUGACCGCACUAAGCCAGUUUGCGAGAGCUGUCAGGUCAUGGGCUUGGAAGCUGAAUGCUCAUACUCUUCUGCAGUCUUAACAUUUACCGAGAACAAAAGUACUGAGAACAGAAUCACCAAGAAAACUGGUGCUCCAUUCUCAUUCUCAGAACCAAUGUCCAGUAAUGCCUCUGCUUUACCCGCAAUUGGUUAUAAAAGGCCAAGAGCUGCGGACAGUUCCUCUGAACCAACUGAAAUUAUCAACGCUGUGGUGGGAUUGCCCACCCAAAAUGAUUCUAGUCACGCCCAGGAGACACAGAUGCCCCAGCAGCCUCCCACGAAACGGCACAAGACAUCCGAACUUGGCCCUGGAAGCCCCGAUAGGCAAUCUGCGUUGCAACGGGAUCAAGUCACACCGGCUGGCACCGGUAUGUCCAGUGGAAGUGAACUGCAGCUUCCACCGCGCCUGCGCAAUAUAUCUCCUACUCUGCAUGAAGACGAAACGGAGCUCCGAUGCAACUUGACCACCGAAAUUAACCUUCAGAGGACAAGACAUCGCAAUCUUGCAGCGGGAGCUCUGCGCAGCAUCAUACAGCUACUCAAGAAAGCUAAGAUUGAACGCUCGAACAUUCAACCUGCAAGCACUGAACCUACGAGUUCUCAAUUGGAGGAUGUUGAAUUGGAUGUCGAGUGGCGUGAACAAGAUGACCUCAUGGAAUCUGCAUUUACCAAGUUGGAUAAAGGUGGCCGAUGCUCUCGUCCUCUUCUCAGUCGCUUUGAGAACUUCUUAUAUGGGCCAUUGAUGAGCCCCGAGGAGAGGAAGAUGCAAGAGCGUAUCAUAUGCGUUGAAGAGUGUCUGUCAAGUAUAUUGGCGGCACCGACAUCCAACCGCAAUCAUGUGUUUCUCCAUCGCCUAAAAAAGAUCAUUUUGAAUCCUGAUGUUUAUGGCUUGGACGAGAACGACCCACGUAUCGGAUUUCUCCGCAACGAGGUCCUUACAGCCAUAUCAACCAAAUCCAGGCUUACUCGUGCGCACUGUAGGAAAUUUGUGGAGCUUUUAGACCCGGACGGAGAGAUGGUCAAUGCCAACUUGAACAGCCCAGGUGUGAAAGCAGAAACUCCAACAUUGACAGGGAAAGUGCCACCCAGGCCUACCUCUCCACGCGUGCCUUCCUCGAACACGCCAGGAACACCCUCAAGAACAUUAAAUCGUAAACAAAGCUCUUUCGCCUCUCUGUCUCCUUCACCAUCUCAUCCUCCUCUUUCAUCCUCUCGCUCUUCAUCUUUAUCCACACCCCUUGAAUCCAUUGAUCUAACUGAAGACACCAUGUCGUUUCAUUUAACCGCAACAACACGCAAGAUCACGAAGCGUGUUGUUUCUGGCAGCCAGUCGUCGCAAUUUAAUGACACCAUGGCGUCACCUGUCGUCCAAUCUGCGACCAAGAAACGUCCUGGUCCUGACAGCCAGUCUAACGACAUAAUUUCCCCAUCUCCUAAGCGUGCUGUUUCUGGAACCCAGUCGUCCAACUCCAACAAUGCACUUGUCCCGACUCCCAACCGUAUUACUUCUGGUAGCCAGCCGUUGAGCUUCGAAACUCCGAAAAAACUUUGGAAUAUCUUCAUGAAGAAGCAGGCUGCUCUCAUGCCAAUCCUCAAUCUCGAUCAACUAAAAGCCGCUUUCGCCCUGGCUGUGAAUCAUGGGAAGAUCACACUCACAGCUAUUGACCCAACUUUCGGGCUUUGCAUUGCAAUUGCCUGCCACCUCACUCGUAAUGUGGAUCUCGGGGAAGGCCGCAAAUGGUACGAUGCAGCUCUAUCUAACCAGGGUGAGCCGUUAAACGCUCGACCCUCGCUUAAAUUUUUCCAGCACCAAAUUCUCCAAAUCCACUAUCUCCAUAUGGCCGGGCACCUGAAAAUGGCUUGGGACAUCUUAUCUCUGGCUAUCAGUAGAGCGCAAUCCCUUCAGAUGCAUACAACGCACGGUGGAUGUCUCGCCCUGGACGAAGAAUCGCUGGAGCAGGUUCGGCUGGUAUGGCAGUAUCUCUGGACGAAGAAAAUAUCUCUCAGUCUCCAGUUUGGCAUUGUCUAUCAAUCUCUCGACACUUUUGAUGAGUCACCUAUGCCGAUGCAGUCGCAUAUUACUGAGAACAUGGGGGUAUCUGGCAUGCAAACCACGGAGCAAUCCCACGCCACACCUUCUUUCUUCAUUGCCUGUGUUUCCCUUUUCAAAUUCACCGACGAUUUGAUCACCGUUGAAAACGAUCUACGUGUGACUCGCAUGGAAUGCCCGAUCAAAUGGCUUUCCAUUGUGGACCUACGUGGCUUCCAGGAACUGAACGAAAAACUCUCGAGCUGGAAAGAUGGUCUGCCGAAAAUUCUGGAAUGGAGAGGCCACGGCAUCGAUUUUACCAUGCAGAAGGAUCUUGUCAUUCGUCGUAUGUGUCUCCUGGCUCAUAUGCGCUUUAUGUAUUUCCGACUCCGUCAACACCGUCCAUUCUUCAUUUUGAGCCUGCGACUUUCCCAAAUGUGUGCCUGUGAAACGAGUCCUCAUCUCACCAGCAAGGGGGUCGAUUCAGUGGAUGCGUCUCCUGUGCUCGGUCUGGUGUAUUACAGUGCUAUCAAAUGUUUGACCGCUGCGCAAGACAUUGUGAAAUGUCUCUGUGCAUCCUUUGCCGACGCGGGAGAUGAGGAUGCUAAAUGUGAGCAGCUAGAGUAUCUCUACGCCGCUGGAACAAUCUUGAUUGCUGCACGCACAGCCCCGCUUCUUGUGAACGGCACCUGGUACGGCCUACCUAGUGCUGCAGCUACAGCAAAGUCGCUCACGACCAUGACUGAGGAGCUCAAGGAAAUCGAUAUUCUGUUGCGCAACUAUCAAGGAAGUUGCCAACAAGCCCCAAAGUUGAAACGACGGAUCGAACGUGUUCGUGUUGUCUUGGACCAGCUUAGCCUACAGUCUGUCUCAUCCAGUGGCAUUGUUACCGACAACGAAAUUACCUUUGAGCCGGUUAUCUGGAACCGAAUCUAUGAUAGACUCAGAUUGGAUGUGCCGUUCGAGAGGUUCCCUGGAAACAGUCAAUCUGGUGUUGUGGGCCGUAGAAAGACCCUUGGUUGGCUAGAAAGUCUGCCAAUCGAUAUCUACAUCGAGAAUUAG